AAUGAGACUUCUGAUAGGAUUAACUUUGAUAACAAUUAUUCUAUGUUAACAAUAACAUAAAUUCAAUCCUGAAUUUUUAAAUUUGAUAAGCACAGGAACUGGAUUAGGAACUGCUAGAGAUGCUAUUUAAGCAGUAUUACAAUUAUUAGAAGACUUGAAAAAUGCUAAUGUAGAAUUAGAUAGAAAAGUAUGAGAUCUUUACAACUAAAGAAUAGGCAGACAAAGCAUUUUAAGAAUAUGAAGGAGGUGUAUUGAAUGAUUGUGCAGCAUUUACUGGAAUUAUGAAAGAGAAUAAUGAAUCAUUGCAAAAGAAUUCAGAAGAUUUAGAAGCAGUAGAUGAUAAAAUUGCUUAAACUACUGAUUAUUUGAAUUGGAAUGAAAAGAGAAGAAAGUCAAAUGAUAUGAAAUUAGAAGAUCUAGCUGAAUAAAGAUGUGAAGCAAAUUCUUUAUUUAUUGAUGCAUUAAGAGAUUAUAGGGAAGCAUUAAAUGUAUUAGAAUGGGUUAAUGGUGAUUUACAACUCAAAGAAUAAAAUGCAUUCUUAUAAAAAGAGGAGGCUUAAGAAUAUACUUCUAAAUUAUCACUCUAUACUAAUAUGAUAGACCAUAAAGAAGUUUUCUCUUAAGUGGGUAAAUUUUCUAUAUGAUUUUAGAGGUUUCAUAAGAAGAUUAAGCAAAUUAAGUGGUUUCUGAAAUUGUUGGAAAAGUUCAAGGAUUAAUUUCUAAAAUAUAAGAACAUAUUUAAACAUUAGAAGAAUAAGAAAUUACAUCUGCUAAUGAUUUUGUGGAUUAUAGAAGAAAUUUAUUAAAUGAAUAAGUGUUAUUAAAAUAAGAAUAUGAUAGCAGAUUAAAAUUUUUAAAUAGUUUAGAAGAUGAUAAAGAAUUAGCAUAAGAUGUUGUUAGUUAAUGUGAGAAGAUAUUAGGAAAUACAUAAAGAAUUUUAUAAUAGACUUAAAGUAAUCUUUUGAUUUUCUAUAAUUAUUAGAUGCUUAUAACUAAUAAAAGGCUAAAUAUGUGAUGGAGAAAUAAAAAAGACAUGAAGAAAACCAGAUUAUCAUUGAAAUUACAAUGCUUUAUCAUUAAAAGAUAGCUUAGGCAGAGGAAUUUUUGUAAAAAAAAGGAGUUUGA